UGAAUGCAGCAGCAGCACCCAACGUUCGCUCCCGCCAAGAGAAGAUUCAAACCGCCGCUUUGGCUCCGCCUCCUCGGAAAGGUAUAAAAGCACCAGCUCCAGAUGCCGCUCCUCACUACCGCCUUCAGCCACCGAUUCUUCAACGUCGGAAAGAAGGAGCAAAAAACCGCCAGAAAAUGCGUGAGUGUAUUUCUAUGCAUGUCGGCCAGGCCGGAGCCCAGAUGGGCAAUGCAUGCUGGGAGCUCUACUGCCUGGAGCACGGCAUUCAGCCGGACGGUCAGAUGCCCAGUGACAAGACCAUCGGAGGAGGAGACGACUCCUUCAACACCUUCUUCAGUGAGACUGGAGCUGGCAAACAUGUUCCCAGAGCCGUCUUCGUGGACUUGGAGCCAACAGUCAUUGAUGAGGUCCGUACAGGAACCUACCGCCAGCUCUUCCAUCCUGAGCAGCUGAUCACCGGAAAGGAAGACGCAGCCAACAACUACGCUCGUGGUCACUACACAGUCGGCAAGGAGAUAAUCGACCUAGUUCUUGACAGGACUCGCAAACUGGCUGACCAGUGCACAGGACUCCAAGGUUUCCUCAUCUUCCACUCCUUUGGAGGAGGAACCGGCUCAGGCUUCACCUCUCUGCUGAUGGAGCGUCUCUCUGUUGACUACGGCAAAAAGUCCAAGCUGGAGUUUGCAGUUUACCCAGCCCCCCAGGUGUCCACCGCUGUGGUGGAGCCGUACAACUCCAUCCUGACCACCCACACCACCCUGGAGCACUCCGACUGCGCCUUCAUGGUGGACAAUGAGGCCAUCUACGACAUCUGCCGCAGGAACCUGGACAUCGAGCGCCCCACCUACACCAACCUCAACAGGCUGAUUGGACAGAUCGUCUCCUCCAUCACCGCCUCCCUGCGCUUCGACGGCGCCUUGAACGUGGACCUGACGGAGUUCCAGACCAACUUGGUGCCCUACCCUCGUAUCCAUUUCCCUCUGGCCACCUACGCCCCGGUUAUCUCCGCAGAGAAGGCCUAUCACGAGCAGCUAUCAGUGGCUGACAUCACCAACGCCUGCUUCGAGCCAGCCAAUCAGAUGGUGAAAUGCGACCCUCGUCACGGCAAGUACAUGGCCUGCUGUCUCCUGUACCGCGGUGAUGUAGUUCCCAAAGAUGUCAACUCUGCCAUCGCCACCAUCAAAACAAAGCGCACCAUCCAGUUUGUGGACUGGUGUCCCACAGGCUUCAAGGUGGGCAUCAACUACCAGCCUCCCACUGUGGUUCCUGGAGGAGACCUGGCCAAGGUGCAGAGGGCCGUGUGCAUGCUCAGCAACACCACCGCCAUCGCCGAGGCCUGGGCUCGCCUCGACCACAAGUUCGACCUGAUGUACGCCAAGAGGGCCUUCGUCCACUGGUACGUCGGAGAGGGGAUGGAGGAGGGAGAGUUCUCAGAGGCCAGAGAGGACAUGGCUGCCUUGGAGAAGGAUUAUGAAGAAGUGGGCACUGACAGCGUCGGCGAGGAGGAUGAAGGAGAGGAGUACUAGGCCACUGAAACGUCUGUAGCUCACUGUCACCGGUCCCAGAAAGAAAAGCCAAACACUGAAAGGUGUUUUAUUGCGACGCAAUAUUGGACUCAUUCCUUAAAUUCUGCACAUUCCAGUGAGCUACGAGUGUCCUGCCUCAUUUUAAAUGCAAAAUAAAAUCAUGACUCCAUUCA